GGUUAGUGCUUGGAGCUUAUUAUGAUAGCGAGAAUGAUUCAGCUGUUGAGUUGACUCCUGCUGGUCAAAAGUUUAAUGAAGAACAGGGUGGAAACUUGAGCAGAUUAAUUCAAAUGCGAGGCUGGGGUUCCCUCUGUUAAGUUAAACUAAUAAUAAUGGCAAGUGGUCGAGGCAGUGCUUCGUUCAACCUGAGUCACAUAGCAACUCCUCAGCGAGUGAGGCCAAUGAAAAGACAACACCCAGCUGUGUUUAAUGGCAUCGGUGGCUCGUUUGAAGAUAAAACCAACGAUUUUCUCUGUCCCAUUUGCUUUGAGCUCAUUGAAGAGGCGUAUAUAACCAGGUGCGGUCAUACAUUUUGUCAUCGUUGUAUAUCGAAAUCCCUUGAAAAUAGUGGAAGAUGUCCAAAAUGCAGUUUUUCCCUAUCUGGACAGGAUCAUAUAUUUCCAAACUUUAUAUUAAACGAGCUGGUAUCAAAGUACAAGACACGGAUGAAGACUAUGGGAGAGAUGGGAACGAGUAGAGAUCUGGAUGUCAGGUCCUCUGAUGGAUUGUUGAGAGAAUUUGUGGCUACAGAGUCAAACAAUCUAUCUCUGCCUGAUGUAAAUGUAAUGCUGCAAGUACUAACUCAGCGAAAACAUUUACUAGAGGCAGAAUCUUGUGCUGCUCAAAAUAAACUACUUCAAGAGUUUUUAAAACAUCUAUUAAAGCAAAAAGAAACUCAGUUAAAUCAGCUUCAAAAAGAAGUGGCAGUUAUUAAGAAGGAUAUGGAAGAAGUUGAAGGAAUCUUGAAAGAAGUUUCUACUAAACGUUCCCAGUUUGAGGCAGAUAGUGGUACCGAUAGCUCUGAUGUUGUCAUGUCAGAUACUGGCUGUAAAGAAGAAUCAUCCGAUGCAAAAGAUGUUCCUCUCCAAGAAAAUUUUAGUGGUAGUCAAAAAAGCAUUGACUCAACUAUUUCAUCUUUUUCCUUGCGGAGAAAACGUAUGCAUUCUCAUUUUGACGAUUUUGUUCAAUGUUACAUAGCGACAAGGGCAAAAGAGUUGAUGUUUGGCAAAAGUGAGAAGUGUACUGAAGGAAAUGUCUCUACUGCUGUGGGUUUGGAUCUGUUUCGUGAAAACUUAGUGAAAUUCUCUCGUUACAACACAUUGCGGCCUCUUGCAACUCUCAACUAUUCCAGUGACAUUUUUAACAACUCAACAAUUGUUUCAAGUAUCGAGUUUGAUAAAGAUAAUGAACUCUUCGCUAUAGCCGGAGUUACAAAACGUAUCAAAGUCUUUGAUUAUGGGGCUGUUAUUAGAGAUACUGUUGAUAUUCAUUAUCCUUGUAUAGAAAUGGUUUCAAAUUCCAAAAUAUCUUGUAUUAGUUGGAAUUCCUACCACAAAGGUACUUUAGCAAGCAGUGACUAUGAGGGUACUGUGACUGUGUGGGAUGCUUCAACUGGUCAAAAAACCAAAACCUUUCAGGAACACGAGAAACGUUGUUGGAGUGUGGAUUUUAAUGAUGUUGACACUAGAUUGAUCGCAUCUGGUUCUGAUGAUGCAAGAGUCAAACUUUGGUCUCUUAACUUAGAUCAUUCCGUAGCCUCUCUUGAAGCUAAAGCCAAUGUUUGUUGUGUUAAGUUCAAUCCUCGCAGCUCCUGCCACCUCGCAUUCGGAUCCGCAGAUCAUUGUGUUCAUUACUACGAUUUAAGGAAUAUGAAAGAAGCUCUAUCCAUAUUCAAAGGUCAUAGAAAGGCUGUGUCGUAUGUUAAGUUCUUGAACAGAGAAGAUAUUGUUUCUGCUUCAACUGACAGUCAACUUAAAAUGUGGAAUGUUAACAGUAAUCACUGUUUACGCUCAUUUGUUGGCCACACUAAUGAGAAAAACUUUGUUGGGCUAGCAACUGAUGGUGAUUAUAUUGCAUGUGGUUCAGAAAACAAUGCACUUUAUGUUUAUUAUAAAGGUCUAACCAAACAACUAUUUAGCUUCAAAUUUGAUGCUGUUAGGAGUGUGUUAGAAAAUAGUAGGAAAGAAGAUGACGUAAAUGAGUUUGUAUCGGCAGUAUGCUGGCGGCAACACUCAAAUGUGGUUGUUGCUGCAAAUAGCCAAGGUAUAAUUAAAAUUUUAGAAUUAGUUUAAUUUAUGUAUGGAUUUGUUCAAUGUGAAUGAUUAAUUUAAAUAAGUUGUUUUAAGAGGGUUGUUUUUAAGUAAGGGGCAUUUGUGUGUAUAGCUUCUUAGUUGGCGUGUACACCACAACAAGGCUCCUCCCCGCUUACUAACAUAAUUUGUGAACAGAACGGUGCCAGUUGAACGUCUGUAGCUGACAUGUUGUACACUUGGCUGGGCUGUGUGUCUAGAAUUUUUUUUUAACACAUUCGCUGCGGCAAACCUUUAAACAGGCGCUCGCCAAUGGCGGCGAGGCCCGGGCGGAGCCCCGACGCGCUAACUGAAUCAGCGAUCGCUAUUGGUAUUGAAAUAUCUCAGUAAGACGAAUCACAAAAGAGCAGUGGUGAUUGUUCUGCGUUACUCCGAAAGUGGACGUAGUUCACUGAAACACCCAAAGGUAGCAGCACUGCCUGGAUCAAUAACUCGAGUCUUUGUAAUACGGCUCGAACUGAGAAAAUCCCCGAAACGGGACAAAAGCAUUGCCAGACGGGAUUUUACGGGCAAUUUUUGUACCAACCUACACCAGAAUAAAGCUCGCAUUAUAAGCUACAGGCUGGUAAAGAUUACAACGUUCCCCGACAAAUGGCUGAACCACACUGAUCCGGCAAACAAUGCAAUGCGCGCUCCCCCACCCGUGGACCCCCCGCUCCUCAGCUGAGACGCGGGGGGUUCACCGGUGGACCCGCCGCAUCGAAUGUGUUAAUUAUUGAAUCUCCUGCCACAUGCGAGAUAAGGAAAGUGAUUUGAUUUGAUACUUGAAGAAAUAUAUCUGCUGCAGACAUUCAUCACCAGAUGAAUGAAGUUUAUGGUCCAAAUACAAUUAUAGAGGGUAAAAUCUGCAUUUUACGUUUUUAUUGAUCUGCAAAUGGGUUAGGGUGUUUUAAAAUGGGGAGACUUAGAGUGGGUACCCAGACUCCUCUCAGUUAAGAACACAAAUAACAAAGUUUUCAUAGCCAUUUUUACUAUUCAUAUCCCAUUCCCGCACUUUACUCUCGUACUCAUUGCAUUAGGCCCGUAACCUUCAGUCAUCUGGCGAUCAAUGUCGGCAUUGGAUACAUUUCUAGAGGUCAAAAAAACAUUUAACUGACCCUAACUUGCAUGCAGUGGGAGAUUCAUCAAUAAUUUUGAAAAUGUUCUAAGAACACAGCAAAGCGUACACAUCAGCUACAAAGCUGCAAACGGCAUCCUUCUAUUCAUCAAUGAUGCCAGUAAGUGGCAUACACAUGAACUACGGAGCUAUCCGCAAAGACAACCCUUACUUAAAUAAACACCCAUUGUAAAUGCUAUAUAUAGGUAUAUACUGUACAUUCUUUCACCUGAUUUUCUUUUAGUUUGAACUUUAAAGUAUUCUGAAAUCCCAAUAUGUGACUAUUGAUGUGUUCGAACCAAAAGCCUUCAAUGUGUUAUUAUUGUGAAUAUUUCAAACUGUUAUUAUACUAUGUUAAAUUAUUUUAUAAUAUUUGUCUGAGCAUCCCAACAUCUAUGGAUCAUAAAAUGACUACCUAUCUAGAGUACAAAUCACAUCAUUAAAACCAUUAAUUGAAUGUGAAUACCAAGUUGUUUAGCAUGUGUGAAAUAUAGACUGUAACUAUCUUGGACGAGAGUUAAAUAUGAUUAUGCUCACUGCAUAGUCUUAGGCAGCUUUGUUUGAAGUAUUAUAUUAGUGAGCUUUGAAAAUUUUCUAUCAAAAGUAAUAAUUACCAUAUUUGUAUGCUCAAGUAAUUGUGUUGUGAUUCAAUUUUACAAUCUACCUUUUUUGUUUAGUUAUCGUUUAACAUGUUUUAGUUUUAACAAGCUAUUAAAAUAGCUAGUAAAAUGUUAAUAUAAAAGUUUUGUAAGUAAAGGUGGAAAAGUUAUUUAAAACGGUGUACACACCAAAGCUAGCGAGGUUAUCUGCACUAGAUGAUUCAGAUAUUUUAGGUGACAUAAUACUUCUUUGUUCCAACUGGAGUUUUACCAAAUAUGUUUCUUCCACAUUUUAAAGCCCUAACAAUUUAAAUAAUAUUUUUAUUAUCGGUCAUCAUAAACAUGUUUCUAGUUUCGUGCUGUUCAUGUUUUUUUAGGUUGCGUUUACAUUGGAGACACGCUUGGGCAAGUAAAAUGGUGGCGCACGCUUGGCCAAGCUUGCCUUUUGAAACAAAAUUGUGGCAGAUUACUGGAAACUGGUGGCGACUUGACCAGUCAUGGUUACAGUGCUCACCACUAGCAAGCGGACGCUGGGACAAGCUUGCGCUUCUCAAAUCACGUAACAAAUUUGUUUUUGAAGCAAGCGUGCCUCAGUUUGUUGUGGUUCACUGACAAAGUAGCAUAGGUUGUGUAUCUGAUAACUGUUGUUUUUUUUAUUUGAGUGUUAUAUUUGUGUGUUAUAAGUUGUUUAAUUGUUCAAAAUGGAUACCGAGGCGUUGAUUGAUACAGUUCUUUUUUAUAAUUGUUUAUAGUUACAGCAUUAUCAUUGCUGUACGCUAUUUGCAAAUGACUUUUAACUUGUUAAUCAAAAUAUAUCGAAUUUUAUUUUUCUAUCAAAAUAGACCUGUAAUAAUGUUAUGAUGAAAAAAAAAAUUAAGCUCCUCCAGGCUUAUUAAAAUGAUAGGCCUACUGUUUAAGUCGGUAUAGUUAUGUUUUUUAUAAAAUAAUUAAUUAUUAACAUUACAUCGACUCAUACAGUUUCCCAUUCCCCCCAACACGUUCGGAGUCUAAUAAUACAAUUUUAACUCCAUUUUCAAGCAAAAUGUCUGCAUCAUCUGAUAUCUCAAUUUUGACUGAUAUUUGAUGUAGGCCUACUGUGACUAGUGGGGGUGACCACUUGUUCUUGGUUGCUGUGCUCUAGUAUAACCACACAAUCGGCAACUGCACGCUUGCGUAAGCGUGCGCCACCAUUUAACUUGCCCAAGCGUGAUUCCAAUGUAAACGCAGCCUUAAUAGUCAUUUCAAAUUACAGUAGUUUUCAAACUUAUUUGUAUUCAAAAAAGGAUUUUUUUUGGUUGAAAAUGUCAAUUUACAAACUGUUGUUAGAAGUUCUUAAAAUUUAAAUUGUUCAUAGCACUAUUUGUUGAUAGAAGAAAAAAACAAGAUUAUUUUUACUGUAUUUUAGUAGUAAGUUUUGUAUAUUUUAUGUGAAUAUGUAUAUAUAUAGCAAUUACUUGUAGGCUAUCUCUGAAGUUAGUUGGGUUGUUCCAAUCUGUGGCACCGAGCAUGUGGUAGUGUGUUUUAUAAUGCUCUGUGCAGCACAAAACACUCCUUAAUAAACAGUAAUUAUCUGUACCUAAUCUAAAAAUUGGAAAACUUCCUAUUUGUAAUAAAAAGGAAUUAAAUCAAAUCACAACUAACGUUUUGAAGUCCAGUACUGGUAACGGUCCUAGACUAAAAUGGAUACCCGCUUUUGGUACAUGACUAAAAACUACUAAUUAUUCAAGGCUUAACAAGUUUUGUACUGAACUAGUUUACAAUAAAUCAGUAAAGUUGAAAGCCUGUGCAGUUUAAUUUUAUGAACUCGAUACCACUUCUUAUUAUGCAGAAUUGGUCCUGAAUGAUUUUAUCCUGCAUUUUGAUUUUUGCCCAUUUUGAUCAUCGUAAUAUCUUCUGUCAACUAGUAACUAUCAAUUCAAAGAAUAUGUAAACUAUAUUUAAGAAUAUGUAAACUAGUUAUAUUUUUCCGUGAAUACGGCAAAAUCUUGAAAAUCUUCUGUGGUCGUGUAGACAUGUUCAUCGUAUCCUCCUCUCCUGCCAUCAUGGAAACUCGUCAUCGUUUUUCAUGAUCGUGACAAAAUCUUGAAUAUCUUAUGCGGUUAUGUAGACAUGUUCAUGGACUCCCGCGGUCUAGGAGAAUCUUCUCGUCCUUCGCGAUGGCGGCGAAAGCAUGAGUUUCAAUUGUGAAAUAUUCGCAGGCGCGUUAUGCAAUGUUAAAUAGUAAAAAAUCUGCCUAUUUUCUGUUACAAAACUAUCCUGAAUUUCGAUAAAAAUCAAAUUAUACGAAUGGGUUACGGUCCUAAUUGAUUCUAAUAGUUGGAGUUCAACUGUAAACUAACCUGCUGUGGUGGAAACAACAGAAAAUACCUUUUGUGGUCGGUAUAACAGAAGAAUACUAAGAUAAUCUAGUCAUAACUAAUCCAGUUAAUCCGCAGCAUUUCCGAUUUGUCAUUGAGCCAGAAGACAGCUGAUUGGUUGUUGUACUUACCCAACCGAAGGUAACUAGUCCAAUCCUGAGAAAAGUAGGUUUUAAUUCAUUGGAGUUUAGUAUAUGGUCUUGGCUAAAGAAAUAUCUUCAGGUCGUGGCUCUGAACCUAAUGUCAUGGUCCGUUUAAAAUUUGAAUGUGUCUUAAAAAUACAAAACUGGCGAAAUAUCUCUAUGUGCAACGUCAACAUUCUAACAUUUAAAUUUCAUACUAAAAUGUUAAAAAGAGAUAAAAUAUAUAAACAUAUCUCAUUAAAGCUAUUUGAAAUAGCAAGAACAAUCAAUAUCUAUGAUAGUUCUAGUGGAAAAUAAAAACUUUGAAAAGUGCACCUGUUGUAAACUGUCCUUCCACGUAACUAAUAAAAUGUGCAUGAGUAUUUAGAACAAUUCUGUUUUAUCCUGCAUGAAUGUUAUUAAAUAAAAGUAUUGUAUUAUCCAACGUGAUUUUAUUACAUAAUGUACUUAAAAAGGGCUUGUUAUUGGGAUAUGGUUGAUAUAUCCAGAGUAAUCAGAGGUCAAAGUCUAAAAUCUCGUAAUCCCACUCCUGGUCUAACACUUGUUUGCUGAAUAAAAAUCCUGCAUAGGUACUGGUAUUUAAGUUCUCAUUGUAAAACUUUUAGUUCACAAUUUUGUGCUACAUGCCUAAUAAAUAUAGUACCAUAAUAAAACCCAAAGUUAUUUUUUCUGCUGAAACCAUUUCCUGACCAAAUUAAUCUCUUUAACUUGAGCUUAUAAAGAACGUCUUUGGUUCUAGUAGUAGCCUAAUAGAAUUUAUUUUGAUAUCAGUGUUGAUUGGAGUUAUAAAAAGUAAUCUAAAAGCAUUUAAGAUAUUAUAGAGACAACUAAAACAUCAAAUUGUCUAGACAAACAUUUUUAUGCACUACCUUACUACCUAGCAUGAUAAGGUGUUAAUUAGAUCCCCAAAAGGAUAUCUGUCAGUAAAAUUUGUUUUUAUAAGUCACUACUACCAUACAUCCCAGUUAUCUAUAUUCAAUUCUAUUUGUUAGGCAAUAAAUAGAUUCUAAAUCUUGUAGAAAUUGUAUAGUGAGAGAAAAUAAAAUAAAGUGAUACAGCAACAA